CUACUCCAUGAGAUAACCCAUGUUUUUCAUUACAAAUUUUUUCCCAAGAACUCGCCAUUAGUUGGACCGAUUCGUGACUCGUCUAGAUGGGAAGCGUGAAAUAAACAGCUGAUCGAACCGCGGGGCGUAGGCCAUUCGUUACCAAUAACGCUGCAUUGGUGAUUCGCCAUUCUGCAAAUUUUGGCUGAGGACUUUCGUCGAGCAGUUGGCCUUCCCUUUUCAGCAAUGGAAACAGCGGACUACAAGCUCCUGCUCACCUGCCCAUCUGGACUCUCGCCAUCUCAGUUGGCCGUGGUUUUUGAUCGAUCGUACGAUAGAAUCCCCCAUCCGAACGCUGAAUUGGAGGACUCCAUAGGCCAAAUAUGGGAGGAUAGAAUUCAGAGCAAUUCAUCUUUAUACAAUGGGAAGAAGUUCCGGUAUGGCGGAUGUAGUCUUCAGGAUGGUGGUGAAGCUAGAGGAGUUUCUCAAGCAUGCCUCCACCUUGGCUCGACAGAUUAUCGGACAUUUGUCGGGACAAACUUGAAUCCUUUGUGGGAAAAUUUCCUUGCACCAUCUGAAGUUGUUUAUGAUCUUGGUGGUUCUCACUGUAGUGGAUGUGAUAAAGUGCCAACAUACAGCAAGUCCACUGGGUAAUGGCGCAAUUGUGGUAACCGCUGACAAUGAAAUUGUUGUGUUGAGAAGAAGUGAUAAUGUUGGAGAAUUUGCGGGACAUUUAGUUUUUCCUGGAGGUCAUCCAGAGCCUGAAAAAGUUGAAGUAGCAUCUAGUCAAAAUGGUCAGGAUCCUGUUGUCACAACUGAGGAACUCAACAAGAAGGUCUCUGAAGAGAUGUUUGACAGUAUUUCUCGUGAAGUAGUUGAAGAAAUUGGAGUACCUGCAACGUCUCUUUCAACUCCAGUUUUUAUUGGUCUCUCUCGCAGGAUCUUGAAUGUCAGACCAGCUGCAUUUUUCUAUAUGAAAUGCAACCUGCCAUCCAAGGAAAUCCAUCAACUGUACUCUAGUGCACUAGAUGGCUACGAGUCAAUCCAACUUCACACGGUCUCACCGGUGAUUUUAGAACACAUGAAAAGUAAAAUGCCUGGCUGUCAUCAAGGUGGAUUUGCGCUUUAUAAGCUGAUGAUUGAAGCUUCGACGAAAGUAUAGCUGAUUUCCCCCACAACAUAAAAGGAACUGUCCCCCUUCUUCUGAUACUGGAAUCCUCAGCUGCGGCAUUCAUUCUGAGUAACAACCCCCUUCAACUUGGUAUCGAAACUGCCACAAAGCUUCAGAACCAGGACUCGCCUUGUAUUCUCUUUUAUGUACGCAUACUUGAACAUGCUAAUGCAGAAGUGUUUGUAGUUUGUUACUGCAAGCAGAGGGCUUUGAAGCCGCAUUUUUGUUUAACUCUCCAGUGAAAUGUGAAACUUUAUUCAAAUUUAUAUAAAUUUCAAUUAUACUUGCAACAG